AUGAUGCCGAAAAUUCUUAAGCUUCUGUUAGCUUUUUUCUUGUUCUCAGAAGUUGGAGCAGUACAACAAGCUGUGACUGUGAAAGGAAUAGUCAACUGUCGUGGCCAUAGGCAACCUGGAACAUUUGUCCAACUCUAUGAUGAAGACUCAGUGUUCGAUAGUGAUGACCUGCUUGGAUCGGUAAUCGCUGACCACCGUGGUGUGUUUUGUGUCAAAGGAGCCACUGAAGAGUUCACCACAAUUGAGCCAUACGUCUUCAUCGAGCACAACUGUGGUUAUGAAGGCCUAAAUGAGAAAAGAGUCUUUUCUAAAAUGAUCCCAAUCGAGUACAUCACUGAAGGUCCAAAAGCAAAACAUGUGUACCAUAUGGGUGACAUUGAACUUCUAACUGCUGAUGCUCCUGUUCAAAAAUACGAAAAGAGAAUAUAUGUUGAGACCAACAUUGAUGAACGAAUCCGACAAUGCAUUCCAAUCUAUGUUCAAUACAAAAGAUUCUAUGAGAAGACUAUCUUUGAAACCAAGACUCAUGAAACUAUCCUCCCUACAGAUGAGGAAGUUCCAGCUGAAAUUGAAGAACCAGUUGUUGAGCCAACGGAAGGUGAUGACGAAGUCGCCGAUGUUGUUGAGGAAACUCAAGAGACUGAGGAGCCUGUUGUGCAUGAAGUGUCAGAUGAAGAGAAGAGAUUGGAAGAAGAACGUCUGAGAUUGGAAGAAGAACAAAAGCGACUUGACGAGAUCCGAAGGCUUCAAGAAGAGUCUCUCCGCUUGGAAGAAAUCCGUCGUAUUGAGGAAGAGAAGAAACGAAUUGAAGAAACCAGAAGACAGGAAGAAGAGCAACAACGAAUCGAGUUGGAACGUAGAGAAGAAGAACGAAGAUUGGAGAACGAACGUAGAGCUGAAGAGGAGAGGAAGAGGGAGGAAGAGGCUAAACUUCAAGAACAAAGAAGAAAGGAACAAGAAGAAGAGCAUAAGAGAAGAAUGGAAGAAUAUCAUCGAAGGGAACAAGAAAGACAAGAAGCAUUGAAACGUAGAGAAGAGGAAUUAAAAAGAAGGGAAGAAGAAGAAAAGGGAAGAAUUGUGUCAUCAUCGGAGAAAGUUGAGAAGAAAGACCCAUGCGUUCAUUAUCCAGUUCUUACACAGAGCCAAUCCAUCAGCAGAUCCCUUGAAGCCCGUCACGAAUACGUCGAAGAUCCAUGUCUCAGAAAAUGA